UAAUAAUUUUGAAGCUGAAUCGUCGUCACCAUUUUCUCAUCUAAGCUUUACUCGGAUUCGUGUGUUAAGCUAUGAGAAGUGCAUAAUAAACCUGAAGGAAGAUUUAUCAAAUUGUUGACAAUGGAACAACAAUGCAAAAUCGGUGGUGAAAGCUUGAGAAAUCGAAAUUCUGUAAAUGAAGACAUAAUCAGCGAAUUACCUGAAGCUCUGCUUCUUCAGAUAUUAUCUUCUGUUCCAACAGAAACUGUCAUAGCCACAAGUGUUUUGUCUAAACGUUGGAGAUCUCUUUGGAAAAUGGUGCCAAAUCUCAAGUUCGAUUCUUACUAUCACCAUACAUUCUCAGAGAAUGUUUACAGGUGUCUGAUUUUACACAAAGCUCCGUUUCUAGAGAGUCUGCGUUUAAAAAUCAAACAUAAAGCUGAUACUUUCGACCUUGGUAUAUUGAUUGGAGCUGCAUUUGCGCACCAUGUGCGUAAAUUGGUACUGAAUAUUCAGUUUUAUGAGGAUAACUAUGUCAGGUUUCCAAGGGUUUUGUGUAGCUGUAAUAAUACACUCGAGUUCUUGAUAGUCAAGUUUUGCGUUCUUUUGGACUUUCCUUAUCGGGUUUGUCUUGCUUCCCUUAAAAAGCUGCACCUUCACUUUGUGUUAUUCAAUGACGACGCAUCUGUUUGCAACCUUUUAUGUGGCUGCCCUAAUCUUGAAGAUUUGGUCAUAUAUCGAGGAUGCUAUGUAGAUGUAGAGACUUUCACUAUUGUGGUGCCAUCAUUACAGAGACUAACCAUAUACGAGGAUAAAGAAGAGGAGAGGGACGGUGGUUUUGUGAUAAAUGCUCCUUCUUUGAAAUACUUGAGCAUCAACACGUUGUAUGGUUUAGGGUUUUGUCUGAUUGAGAAUGCGCCAGAGUUAGUGGAGGCAGAAAUCCAUGACGUUUCUAAUAUAACCAAUGAGAAGAUUCUCGAAUCCCUAACUUCAGUCAAAAGUAUUUCUUUACACUUAUCACCCUUAGAGAUCAAGUAUCCUACUGGUAUUAUCUUCUGUCAGCUUCUAUCUUUGGAGCUAUGUACAGGUAAAAUAGAGUGGUGGAAUCUACUUACGCGCAUGCUCGAUAGUUCUCCAAAGUUACAAAACCUCAAGCUGAGCGAGCCAUGUUUUGGUAGUAAUAAAGAUUGUCCGGUGGGGUGGAAAUGGAGUCAGCCAAAAUGUGUACCGGAAUGUUUGUUGUACCAUCUUGAGUCAUUUGUGUGGACAAGAUACGAAUGGCAACGAGAUGAUGAGAAUGAAGUGGCCACAUACAUCUUAAAGAACGCAAGACGAUUGAAGAAAGCGAGUUUCUCCACAAAACCCAUUGAAGCGGAAGAGAUCGAAAAGCUUGAAACGAGACGUGUGAUGCUCAACGAGUUGGCUAGUGUUGUCAGGGCUUCAUCAAAUUCAUGUCACCUCGUGUUCAAAUCCGAGUAA